UCAUUUGAUCAGAAUGAAACAACCAAAUACUGUCCAGAGCCUUAUCAUUUUUAUGCUGAUGGUGCUGAUGCUGCUAUCCAAGCCGACGAUUAGUGUCAAUAUGCAACAGUUUCUGCAAUCCCUGGACAUGAUGCGGAAUGGCUGUGCGCCAAAAUUUAAAGUACCUUUAGAUAUAUUGGACCGGAUACGUGAGGGUGAUUUUGAUUUAGAGCCCACACAGGACUUGCUGUGCUAUACGAAAUGCAUUGCCCAAUUGGCCGGAACGGUUACCAAGAAGGGUGAGUUUAGUGUGCCAAAGGCCUUUGCUCAGAUGCCCAUCAUAUUGCCACCGGAAUUGCAAGAGCCCGCUAAGACAGCAUUGAACCAUUGUAAAGAUGCGCAAAAGGCAUACAAGGACUCAUGCGAAAAGGUCUAUUAUACAUCGAAAUGCAUAGCUGACUUUGAUCGUGCCAAUUUUAAGUUUCCAUAGCCAAAAAUUAAUAAGAGAAUCAUAUUGUGACUAUCGGAAUACUUACUCGGACGCUUCUCCUUGCCCUGAAAUGACACAAAUUUCUGUAUCGAUGAGCAAAUUGAUUUGGAAUAAAGGGUUUUUAAUUAACCAA